GUUUGAGAGGCAAUUCAUGCCUCUUGAGGAGGAAAAGUCCUUUAAGCCUCCCCUGGAGCUGCCUGCCCUAGGUUCUGUCUUGGUUUGCUCAAACGCAGGGAUAGGUGUGCAGUGACCUCUCCUCUUGCCCAUGUCCCCUUCCCCAUCUCCUCUUCCCCAUCUCUCUACCUCCUUUCCACACCAGCCCCCUGCUCAAUGCAGAGAUAUUUCAUGUUUGCAUCUCAGACAAGAGCAGGAAGAUGCUCUUAACGAGAUCUUCUCCUUGCUUUGUCCAGCUGAGGACAAGAAACCUCCCAGAGCUCUGGCAGCUGGAUCUGCAGCAGGCAGGCUGGAAGCUGGCUAUGACAGCAGUUUACCUCCCCCAUGGCAAACCAGGUCACCAAAACGAUUCACUGACCCUUUACAGUUUUGGUAGAAGUAGAAAGAAAGGACUUGGCAGGAACAGGAUUCACCUCAUUGAUAACAUCCAUCCCUGCUCACGAUGCGGGGGAAAAGGUCCCACCUGAUUCAAGUCACAUCUCCCAAACUGGCCCACCAGCCCUGCCAAGGCUGCAGCAGCAGGCAGGGAAACCAGGCGGACACAGCAAGUUCCCCCGUGUAAGCACUGAGGUGAUUUUGGGAUGGGUCUUCCUAUGAUGAAGAAACCUUUAUUUGUAAUAACCAACAGAAUACGGCAAAAUCAUCCCCAGGCAAACAACCUCCCCAACCUUUCCAUCUCUGUAUAAAUGACUGCGAUUAGGGAGCACCAUUGCGAACACUUGUGCAUUUAUGCACACAGAAGAUGCAGAUAUGUUGUUGUGAUCAUGACACACAUAUACAUUUUAAACAUACCCCCUGCUAUAUAAGGGGUGGCUCAGCAGUGGCCUUCGUCAGCCUACAUGAAAGGAGGAAACCUUCACUGCCAAGCAACACCUGAGCAACGGACCAGGCAGAAAUGGCUCCAGGGUCCUGCCUGUCUCCUCUCUUCCUUGCUGUGAUCACUCUGGGACUGCAGUGGCCACAGGAAGCUGCCACCUUCCCGGCCAUGCCCCUUUCCAACCUGUUUGCCAACGCUGUGCUGAGGGCUCAGCACCUUCACCUCCUGGCUGCUGAGACAUACAAAGAGUUCGAACGCACCUAUAUCCCAGAGGACCAAAGACAUGCCAACAAAAACUCCCAGGCAGCGUUUUGUUACUCAGAAACCAUCCCUGCUCCCACGGGGAAGGACGAUGCUCAGCAGAAAUCGGACAUGGAGCUGCUUCGGUUCUCACUGGUUCUCAUCCAGUCCUGGCUGACCCCGGUGCAAUACCUAAGUAAGGUGUUCACCAACAACCUGGUUUUUGGCACCUCAGACAGAGUGUAUGAAAAACUAAAGGACCUGGAAGAAGGGAUCCAAGCUCUGAUGAGGGAGCUGGAGGACCGGAGCUCGCGGGGUCCCCAGGUCCUCAAACCCAGCUACGACAAGUUCGACAUCCACCUCCGCACCGAGGACGCGCUGCUGAAGAACUACGGCUUGCUGUCCUGCUUCAAGAAGGACCUGCACAAGGUGGAGACCUACCUGAAGCAUUCCCUGUUUUCAGCGUUUUCGAGGUUCGGGCCGCUUUACUCGGUGCGAGCGCACAGGAACGCGGCCGUGGCAGGGCCUGGCUAUUGCGCUGUUAUCAAGUUCUAUUCAGCUGGAGAUGCCAGCAGAGCCCAGCGCGUGUGCAAUGGGCAGAGCCUGUUUCAGAAAUCUCCCUUGAAGGUUUGUGUUUGCACCAAGCAGAAGGGGUUUCAGCAAAAAGUCCUCGCUCUCAGCAGCAACAAGGACCAGGAGCUGGCCAACCACUACCUUGGCUUUAACGGCUGGUCCAGUCGCAUCGUCACACUGCAGAAUGUAUCUGGCUUUGUUGGUGAGAAUGAGGACCUGGGAAGGACGUUACCUGUGAAAUACCUGUGUGCUGUGGAGGUGACACUGCCCGAACACGGGGUGCGCACGAGGGGAGUCGCCCUGGCCGAGGCAGAUGUAGAGAACAGUGCAGAUUCUCUUGAGUUGCUCACAGCAACGAGAACAGUUCAGAAACUUGCAGCUGGGAGAGCUUUGGCUACUGCCUUUCAGAAGAUACUCCUCAUUGUCUUAGGGAAUGGGAAAGUGGCCAUGGAGUACAGUUCCUCUCAGGAGGAGCCCACAGAUGCAACAGAAGAGGAGCUGAAGGGGCUUGUGCAGGUCAAUGAAUUCUCCUUAGAUCAGUUUGACCUCGAAGAAGAAGUUUUGUCUGAUCUCAGUUUUGAUGCUGAGCCAGGAGAUGCCAUCUAAUGAGUGGAGCUUUGUCUUCGCAAAGUCCUGCAGUGUGUGAUUAGGAAUCAAAGUCUAAUGUUGAGAACUGAGUUGUGCGUCAUAGGCAGUGUUUUCAUCUUCUCCAAGUAACAGUGAAAGAAAUGGGCAAUAAACAUGGUGUUACUAAAAUUAAGCCCCAAAACACAUGGAGUUCUCAGA